AUGGCUGUCUUCGAUCGUAUCGGAGGGGAGGUGACUCUUGUGUACAGCCGCACCUUCAUCGACGAGGUGCCGGUGGUGGCGAAUUCUGGCUCUCAUCGUCGAAGCGUUAGCCAGCCACCCGGUGUGACACAUCUCGAAACCGCCUCCGAUGCAAUGAUCGAAGAGGAAAGCCUGCGAGGCUACGUGCAGUCGCUGGGUACCUCUAGCAUGCACCGCCUUGCUGACGUUGUUGCAGCCACAGCUCCCACUCGCAAAGAAGAAGCUGUCGUCGACAAGGCUGGAGAUCAUCCUGUGGCCUUCGCGUCGGCGGCAAGUUGUGGGAGCAGGGGGCACCCAGACCUUUGCAAGCGCCCAUGCAUCUACUAUGUGUCCGGCAAUUGCACCGCGGCAGCGCAGUGCAACUUCUGCCACAUGCCGCAUGCAGAUGGCUUUCCCACACUUGACAAGCAGCAGCGCACGAAGUUGAACUUGAUGGGCAAGCGCGAAGCGCUUUUGCUGCUUCAGAGCAUCCUGAAGAUGAACGCAAGAAUGAAUGGCUUCCUGCAUCUGGCGAAGGACAUCCUGGACUUGGUGGCGAAGGAGGCCAUGAAGCAUGAUGCCGUUGAGGAGGUCACGUUUGAAUGCGCGCGACGUCUUGAGCGGGUGCUAGUCCGCAUGCCCUUCCGCCAACUUGCCCUUGUCUCUGUAUCGAAGGCAAAUCGUGGCGAGUUUCGUGAGCUUAUGGUGACACGCAUCGAGCAGCUCGCCGAUGAUCUUGAAGCCAUGCGGAACAUAGAAUUCAACGGUUGA